GCUGGGCGCCACUUUGGCUUGGUGGAAGUGUCGCCGCCGUGUUGGCUCUCCACAGUCAACUGGCCAGUGCUCGACAUGGAUCCAUCCCCAAAGGUGUCUCUCUCUUCCUUGGAGAAUUAAGUAAUUAAGCUGCUUCUGGAUGUUCUUGUUCUUGAUCCUAUCAACCAGCCAUGGAGAUAUGUCACUCACCGUGGAAGUUAAAAGCAGUGGCAUCUGGCAAUGGGGGCCCCCUUGGCAAUGGGAAGCCCGGACCGGACACAGACUUCAAACAGCUUCGCUGCCCUGGAUCCAGCAAAUGUACAUUGUCCCAGGAGUGGUGGAAGUCAUAAUGCUGAGGUAGAGGAAACCCUCAAGAGAAUUCAGGGACAAAAAGGGGUGCAAGGAAUCAUCAUUGUCAAUGCUGAAGGCAUCCCUAUCAAGACCACCCUUGACAACUCCAGCACAGUGCAGUAUGCUGGACUCAUUCACCAGUUAGUGAUGAAGGCACGUAGCACAGUUAGGGACAUUGACCCCCAGAAUGACCUCACCUUCCUCAGGGUCCGCUCCAAGAAGAAUGAGAUUAUGAUUGCUCCAGAUAAAGACUAUUUCCUCAUUGUCAUUCAGAACCCAUCAGACUGAGAGGAUCACCUCCACCAUCUCUUUGCUGUAUUAGUUUUUUCCAUUUAAUGGCCAAAUGUUUAUUCUAUUGUUUUAGCAAAAUGAUAAGUUGUAUAAUAAGCUUUUGGGAGCUUGAUUCAAAUCAUCAUGGGUGGGUUGAUAUAUGUAUGUUCACGUUUGAUCAUCAUUGCAGUUUUAUCUCCCCUGUCUGAAACGCUCUUUAUUGGCACAUAACCUUAUAGAAGGAUCGUUGACUGUCAUUUUGGGGCGAAGUCCUUAAACCAUUUGAAACUUUAACUUAUUUAUUUUGUUUUAAAUCCAAUAAGUUUCAACAAUAUUCUUUGUAAACGUUGAGCAGUGUAUAACACAUCUGCUUCAUCAUUUUAUGUUGGUACCUUGUAAGGACUGAUAAGAUCUAUACAAUAAACAUUUAUCAUACAAAAGA